GAAUAAGAGGACCGAAUUAAAAAGUCCUGAAACAAAGUUGAACGUUUCAUUUACAAUGUGCUGUGUAGAAAACAAAUUUGUUUUGUUGCUAUUUUGUUUUAAAAUUAUUUUUUAAAGUUUUGAAAAUAAUUUUCUAAAUUUAGCAGUUCAAAUGAGCGUUCAAAAGAAAUAUUUUUAAUAAGAGAUCGAGCUGAUCAGUUCUCACUUAUCUCCGCCCCGAUUCCCGACAGCUGGUUGGUUUACGUCACGAGUUAACUAACGCGUGGACCUCACGACCCGGCCUUAAUUCUGAAAAUCAAUUGUUUUUCUAAAAUUUCAGCAUUGCAUAAAAGAAGAGACACAAGGGAACCGAUUGAAUUUUGUCGGUUAAUGUUUGUUUGAUAGUGUGAGUGUAAAAAUGUCAUUCAUUGACAAAUGUCAGUCAAAAAGGGCUAUUGGGCGAAACAGGCGAUUUUCCGAGAUUGUACGUUUAUUUUGCUGUUUACGAUAGGAAAUAACAAACUUGACAACAAUAAUGUAAUCAAAACUGUUCGUCAAUAGUGCGUUAGCGCGCCAAACUGGCCAAACAGCGGGCUACACUGUGUGGAUGUUAACCUCGCCUGUUUGGCUCAAUUGUUUUCGCAUAAAAUCGUUUUAGGGAUCAUGUUGAAGUUCAAAAAGAUGGGCUCGGAUAAAGUGCCGUUAUUACUCGUGACCGCAAAUGUAGGAUCUAUAUUUGAAGACCCAUCAGUGAUGCUUCCGAUAUGGACGUCAGAAUUCCUCCAGGCAGUAGCUCGCAUGGACCCGAAGUUUAUAGCGCUACACUUACAAGAAGUGGGGGGAAAAGCCUAUGAGAAGUCCAUGCAGUACGUGCAGGAUUUCGUGCAAAGACUCUGUGGCUGUCCCGAGCUGAGGUUGUAUGACAAGAUCAGGAUUUAUCUGGACGAAGACUUCAGCUCGCCUGAGAAAUUUACAGCUUUGGGCAACAUGUACUUCGCGCAUUCGUCCCUGAUUGACCUCAAGAUAUGGGACUUCGAUCUCAAAGCGUACGUGGAGGUGGCAGGCAAGGAGGUGCACAGCGGCAACAUUGAGAAGGUCACUACCAAAGAGAAGGCCAAAUUCCCACAGCACUUCUUCCCAGAAUGCAAAUGGUCCCGUAAAGGCUUCCUCCGGACACGAUGGCUGAUCCGCGGCACGGCUGUGGAGUUCAUCAACAUCCAUCUGUUCCAUGACGCCUCCAAUUUGCUGGCGUUGGAGCCCUUCCCUUCAGUAUACUGCCGCAGCCGUAGACGCGCCCUACGUCACACACUGCGCCAUUUGCAUUCCGAUGUGAACGCGGCCCCGUAUUUCAUAUUCGGGGACUUCAACUUCAGGACCGACACGGGCGGAGUUGUCAAGAAAGUAACCGAAGAUCUCUCAGCGUCUAGAGUGCAAAACGGUAGCAGUGUGGAUUCAUCCAAACUUCAGUUCCGGAGUGACGGGCGAGUGGUGCUCACUGUGGGCAAGAAGGAGUUCUCGCACCAGGACCACCAGAAGAUAUUCAGAGAACCUUGGCUGCAACGCUUCGACCGCGAGCUAGACGCUCUCAAACCACAUCUGUACGAGUUUCCAGUCAAGUUCCCGCCCUCGUAUCCGUUUGAGGAGGACAUACACCUCCCUACGCAUUAUAUGAAGACCAGAUGUCCGGCGUGGUGCGAUAGGAUCUUACUGUCUCAGUCGGCAAGGUUGCUGGUGCAGCAGGACUCCAGUCGGGCCGAGAACAGAACAUCCAGGAAGUCAGUGACGGACUCCACGGACAGUAGCGGCCGAGUGUCGUCCUCCGACAGCAGCCCCGCGAGGUCGGGCUCCCCGGCCAGGAAUCACCAGUCGAGUCCAGGCAAAACGCUGGAGAAAAAAAGCAGCAUGGCUGAAAUUGACGCUCUGUCUGUACCGGGGAUCAACGUCAGCCGGAAGAGUAUUGCUGACCCUACCAGCAUCCAGCAGGCUAUUAACGCUCGGGUAGCAGAAGCGGACAGCUCGCCAAUUCGUCGCAAACUCGUCCGCAAUCAGUCUGAAGGGUCGCCGAAGCCUGUCGACAGCUUGUCCUCUGAGCUGCGGCGGCUGGUGGAGGCUCCCGCCAGAAAGAGAAGCGAAUAUGGCGUCAUUGGGAGCGAGGCUUGUAUGGGAGAUCAUAAGCCAAUCUACCUCCGCGUGAUGCUACAAACAGACCGAGGCAAUUUCCGCCAGGAGGUUUAUUCCGAGUCCUCGCCAAAACACAGCAAGACCGAGGAACAAGAGCACGAGCAAGUCGCAGAAUCAGCCAACACCAGGUUCAUUCACUUUAACCUCGACAGCCCGUGCCAUAUUUUCAAAGAAACUGAUAUUUAAAUAUACUUUUAUAGUUUACUUUCAAGCUGGUCGCAUCUUUUCCUUUUUUAUUUAAAAUAAGUAAAUGUUGUUUUGCUCGACAUAAGAGUUUAUAAAACUGGCACAUUAUAUUUUAUAAUAAAAAUGUAUUGUUUUCAAACAUCGAUUUCGAUCAAAGUGUUUCGAUUUAUAGUUCUUCUAGAAAAGGACGGCAAGAUGAUAAAGCAUACGUAAAAUUCAUUUAUGUCUUUUUAUCCAAUUAUUAAAGUUUUUAGUUACUUUUCUAUUUAAACGAAGUGACAUAUUUAAAGUCCAAGUUGACCUUUACAAUUAUUUUAUUGACUAUUAACCUUAUUCGCUGUAAUAAAAAAAUAGAUUUAAUUACUUAUGAUAAAAUACUUAUCUCAAAAACAAAAAAAAGGUGUUUACUCUUACGCAUAAAGUUUACUAACUUUAUUUUUAGUCUGCUUUUAUCAGUCAAUUAUUUGAUAAAUAUGACGUAAAACUUGUUACUACGUGUAGUAUGAGACUAUAUUUGUCAUUUUAUUGUCCAUAUAAAUCAUAAAAUUAUAUUACGUAAAUAAUAUAAAAUACCUAAACAUUCCAUUCUUAAAAAAAUAAUUUAUAACCAAAGAAAAUACUUGUCAACAGUCUCGUGCUGGCAUAUACGUAGAAAUUAAAAAAAUAUUGUGAGUUAUGUUAUUAAAAGCUUGCAAUAUGCUAUAAAUAACCACAACGUGCACGUCACCCUUAAAUAUAACUUUAAUAUUACGAUGCAUAAAAUCUAGUUUGCAUUUUUUUGUCUUAUUUGUAAUUUGGCGCUGGCAUUUGGUGACGUGUAAGCGUGAGUCAUGUUCUGUCUCAGUCACACAUCGUAAGUGUGACAGAAAAGCGCUAUCUAUUGAGCUUGUAUGUUGUGUGUUGACACAUUUCCUAAUUUAAAUUCUAUGGUGAUUGAAACCAAAAAAAAUAACCUAUGGUGAUUGAAGAAAGAGACUUUUGGAAUAUUGAUUUCACGAGAUUUAAAAACUAAAAAAUAAAUAAAAUAAAACGAAUUAAAAACAAUUCUGUUUGAGUAAAGUAGUGUAUAAGUAUUGGAAAGUAACAUCACAGGGUAAUUGAUUUGCCAUUGUAAUCGUUUUCUCAAAUUAUUACAAAAGUAUUUAAUAAGUUAAAUAGCAUUAGUAAAUUUCAGCAAAUAUAUUUCGUAAAAGAAAAUUUUUACUGAAAGCUUAUGCAAGGAAUAAUCGAAUUAUAAAUUUAGUCAAACUGUUUAUUAACAAAUUCAAAUUAUAAAAUACUUUUGCUUUUAAUUUUAUUUUUUUUUUCAUUUUUAGCAAUUAUACACGCAAAACAAAAAAAAAAAGGAGACCUCGAAACCUAAAAUAGUUUUUUUUUUUCGAGAAAAAAAGUUGUGUAAAAAUUUCUCUUAUGAAAUAAUUUGAGACAUAUAUAAUAUAAUGUUCGGUGUCUAUAUAAAUAACGUUCAUAUAGUCUUUAUUUUAAUGCCAUAAAAAACAUAAUAACUUUAUAUUCUUAAUCGUAUUGUUGUUACAGAUUUUCAGCUCUAAAUAAAAUAAUAAUAAAUUCCUAGUCAAGUGUUCUUGUGUAAGCUUAUGAAUAUUUAAAAAGUAUAUAUAAAUGUUCUAGUUAUAUAUUUUCGUUUUAAAUGUUAACAGUUCCUUUAUUUUGUAGAACUAUGCUUAUAGUUUGCAAAUGUGUUUAUCCCACCUUUGUUAGUAAUUUGAUAGUUUCAAUAUUUUAUAGAUUGCGUGUUCCUAUUUAAGCUAUCGUAUAAGUUUAAUAUUAUAUAUUGCGUUUGAUAAUUAUCACUAUAGAAUCAUAUCAUCACAUGUAAAAAUAUGAGAACAUAUAUUUACAUUGCUUCAUAUACAAGGUUUGGAUAAAGUUAUAUUCGAAGAGUUAGACUUUAAUUGAGGCAGAAAUAUGUAAGUGAAUAUUAGUUUAUGUUUAAUUAAUGCAAUUUUUUAAAUACAGUAGUCGAAAAAAUACUUACUUGCUGGUAGAUAUGACUUUACAUGUUGCGUUAUAUACUUUUACAUGUUGCGUUCGUGUCAAGACUAUAAUUUUUGUUUCACCUUGUAUUCAGAAAAGUAUACAUACAGAGACAUUGUAAUAUUACAAAAAUGUUUAUUAGUUGAUAAAAGUCGUUAAGUUAAAGUAGGACCAAUUUAAUAAGUCACAUUUGACAUAUGUCAUCUUAUAGCUAGAAUUGUCAAAAAAGUCUUCUUUUGUUAGUAUUAUUAAUUGCAAAGAUUUUGGAUAAACCCCUUAUCUUUGAUUUUUUUUGUUAUAGUUCUGAUUUUGUAACAAUAAAUAUUGUAUGCCCUCCGUUACAAGGUUACAUUUAUGAAUUUGGAUGAAGUGUCAAAUGUGACCUGUUAAAUUGAUCCUCCUUUAAAAUACAUACAUAUUAUAAUACAUAUAAUAGAUAUUAUUAAAAUAUAAUACAUAUUCAUAAAUAUUUAUCCUCUGGUCUUCCAGAUAGACAUUAUUAGGAUAUUGGUGUUGAAAUUCAUAUUGAAUAACUAAUAUAAACAUUAUUUCAUAUAAAAAAGGGCACUCAACAACUCCAUUUCCAUUUAGCGAUAUUCAGUUUAAUGUGGACAAAGAUGUCGCAAAAUGCAAUAUGGCGUCGUGGAAAAAACCUGUUUAUCUGAAAGUUGUAGUCUGUGGUCGUAGUAUUGGUAAAUAACGACGACCUCGGUGGCGCAGUGGUAAAGUGCUUGCCUCUGAACCGAGAGGACCCGGGUUCGAUUCCCGGUCGGGUCAUGAUGUAAAAUGAUCUUUUUCUGAUCGGCCCGGGUCUUGGAUGUUUAUCUAUAUAUGUAUUUGUUAUAAAAUAUAGUAUCGUUGAGUUAGUAUCCCAUAACACAAGUCUCGAACUUACUUUGGGGCUAGCUCAAUCUGUGAUUUGUCCUAAUAUAUUUAUCUAUUUAUAUUGAUUUAAAUCUGUAAUGGCACUUAUAUUACAUACAGCUAUAACUUAUAUACAUAAACUAUAUAACAUUUGAGUCUCAACCUAUCGCUCUUUUUCAUUUUAUUACCAUUGACUCGAGUGGAAUAGCAAUUCGUUGACAUCACUCCAUGUAAAAUGUAAUUGAAAGAACGAUAUAUUGUCAAUUAAAUGUUCCACAGUAUAUUCGUGGUUUAAAACAUAAAGAUAUGAAAUAUAAGAAGUACGUUGUAUGAUGAUCCAUAUUCUUAUUGUAUAGUGGCCAUAUUCAAAUUGAUUGAAAAAUGAAAAUUAUUGAAAAAAAAUGCAUAAUAAAAGACUUACACGAAGAAAACUAUAGAUGACGAGUCAGCAUAGCCAAAUGAGAUACAACAUUCUGGUAUAUUUUAUCAUAUAAAGGGACAGAUUCGGCAUUCUAAAACCGGGCACAUGACGCAGGACAAAAGAUUUUAGCCCUCUGUCCUGUUCUCAUUUCUCUUGUAUGAGCGAAACGAAAGAUAUGACGAAGUCUAUGGUGUUCUCUGUCUAUGAUAAUAAAUUAUAUAAUCAUGAGUUAUACAUAUAAUACUACUCGCCAUGUAACUUAUAUUUGUAUAUCAUGAUAAAUAGUUAAUACAAUAAAAGUUACAAUACAAUUUACAACCAUCACAUAUUAUAAAACGUACUAACAUAAAAUCUGUAGAUGUGUCUGAUGCAUUUUUAAUGCAUGUAUAAUGGCAUAAUAUACAUAAAGCACGAAGCAAUAUUUAAUAAUUAUAUAUUUAUUAUAUACAGUAUAGAUCACAUCUGUAAGGGUGGUUUUAUUUAGGACAUAUACUUAUUUAUACACAAAAAUAUUAUCAGCAUCAUCAAGCAAGCCACUUUUCUUCUUUGGUAGAAAAUUUUGAUAGAUAUCUCAACAUUAUCUAAUAUUAAAAAAUCCAUGAACAGAAACAUGCAAUAUAUUGAAAAUCAAUAAGCAUCCUUCAGAUUUGAUCAUACAUGUAUAUUACAAGUUGUAGAAAAUGUCAUAGUAUUUUUGCACUAGUUCGGAAGUCAAUAGUGAAAUGAAAUAUAUUAUAGUGAAUUUUGAUGCAGAGUUUAUAUGUUUAUAGGCAAUUUUAAAAACACAAUAAGGUUUUGUGGGUUUUCACUUAUAUUUUAGUAAUUUGUAAGACUUUUGGAGUUAUUGCUAUUUAUGAGCUCGGAAUAGAUUUAUUAUUGAAUAUAUAUUUAUCAUAAGGGUUUGUUCGUACGUGAGUUUCAACAACUCUGGACAUGGGAGCUUUAAAACACAUUCGACGUUCAACGCACCGUCACAGGUACCGUUAAACGCAUUGAGCUCAAAAUCAAAUGUGAACAGAUAUGUUCCAAUGCUUUAUAAUGUGCGUUUUUAAGCGCUUGUGCGAACAACACCUUCGAGUCGACAUCAAAAGUAAUUUUUUUGUCGGUUUCUGAGAUCAAGUUCCGCGAGUUUUGGACAAAAAUAUUAUUCUGAAAUAAAGCCGGCUUACUUUUGAUGUUGACAAUUCUCAAUUUCUUAUCUUGCAUACUGUUUUCAAGAGGUUUCAAUUUAAAUAUGCGCUAUUUUACUAGUUAUUAGAACGUUUAGGACCCGUUUCACCAGUUGACGAUACACUUUGUUCCAUUUAAAUAAAUAAAUAAAUUUAUCCCUUUUAUCUAAAGACUGCGCCACGGAAGAAUUGCUGUGGCAAUAUGGAAAUAUCAUUAAUAAACCGGCCACGUUGUUGUUGUCAGCGACGUCUGCUUUCUUUCGUGGCGCGGGUUCUACCAGAUAAUGCUUAAAAUAUUGAACGCCAGUUUCUCAUAACGUCAACCUCGCACUACGCGCCAUUUUCGACAAAUGUAUUUUCCUUGUAUUGUAUCUUAUAUCUGUGAUUUUUUUCUCACCAUACGAACUUUUUGAUGAUACGCAUGGCAUGUAUCACUCAAAAAUUCAUAUAGGAAUUUACACGGGAACAAUGUGAAGAAAAUUUUCGGGAAUUUCCGAGAAUACUUCCAGACCUUUUCAAUACAAUCUCAUCUACAUUGCUACUCAUAAGGGCGAUAUCGAAAAUUCUUUCCUGUUUCCGUAGUGUUGAAUCAGAAAUUAAUUUAAUGAUAUUUUGCGAAAGUGACACCAAAUGUUUCACGGUAACAUUUUGCUAAACUGGCGUUCUGCGAUAGAACCGUGUAAAAUCCACAAGCGUCGUUGGUGAUUCAGGCACUAAACUAUUUAAGAAAUGUUUAAUCUACCGCCUUGUUUAAAAGUUAUCAUAUUUAGCUGAUAAUUUUGUGGCCUUAUAAGAGGUUUUAUUUUUGACACGUUUUAUUUUUGUCGUAUCUUACAAUAAUUUGCAGAAAUGUUUUACUAGCUGCACGCCGCGGUGUUACAUGCGGUUUUUUAUUCGUUGUAAUUAAUUUAUACGUUGUUUAAAAAAUUACUUAGUUUUUAAUGUUAUGCACAGUAGCGCCAUCUACUUUAUAAAGCGCCAUUGACCUAUCAGUGUUUAUGACCAAAUACUACGGGAAUCGUGUAAGAUUUGGGAUAAAAACUACCCUAUAUUAACACAUAGGAUGUUUAGUAUUGAGGUAUCUGGUAUCCAAGAUAUUAGUUACCUCAAUACUAAAUUUUAUAAAAAUUGGCCCAGCCGUUUGAGCGUGAAGAGUGAACAUAGUUUCAUACUUCGCCUUUAUUAGUCGAGUUAGUAAGACAUACUUGUACUACGUGCAGGGGCGACCGAGCUCCGCUCUGUAUUUUAUGUUUCAAGUCUCUCCUCCAUAGGCCACAAAAUUGACAGAUAUUUACGUACUUAAAUAAAUCAGUGUCUAUAAUACUCUCAAUCAUCUCUUUAUUGUUGCAUCUCUUACAGUCUAGUCAUUUUAUGUGUAUUGUGCUCGGUGUGAUAAACCAUUAAAUAAAUGUUUCAGAAAGCAAAUUGUUUUAUUUUUCACUUCGGAGUAAUAUGCCGCUUCCAUAUCGGAAAUUCCCUC